AUGGCUGCCGAGAAUGACUACAAAGAUCACGGUGCGAUGGGCGCGAAGUUUAGUCAUCCGGAGCAUCUCGAGACGGCACGCGAGGAGGCCCUCCACCAUGGAUGCCUUUCCGCAGAAGAGCUGGAGAUCGAGAAAAAGCUCAGGAGGAAAAUCGACAUGCGCAUCAUGCCCGUUCUCAUCCUCAUCUACCUAAUGAACUAUAUCGACAGAAACAACUACGCUGCGGCACGCUUACAAGGUCUGGAAAAAGAUCUGGGUCUCGUUGGCAGCCAGUACCAGACUGCUCUUUCGAUUCUGUUCGUUGGCUACAUCCUAAUGCAAGUCCCUUCCAACAUCAUCCUGAACUGGGUCGGCCGACCGUCGUUGUAUCUUGGCUGUGCCACCAUUGCCUGGGGCUUGGUAUCAACUCUUACGUCUCAGGUUCAUAACUACCAAGGCAUCGUAGUAGCACGCUUCUUUCUUGGUAUUGUGGAGGCACCUUUCUUCCCGGGAUCGCUGUUUUACCUGAGCAAAUGGUAUACUAAAGAAGAGCUGGCAAAGCGCAACGCCAUCUUCUUCGCUGGCUCGCUAGUCUCUGGAGCAUUCGGUAACCUCAUUGCAGCCGGCAUUUUGAGCGGCUUGGAUGGCAGUCUUGGGCUGGCUGCCUGGAAAUGGCUAUACAUCCUGGAAGGUGCCAUCACAAUGGCUGUCGGUAUCGCAGCGAUAUUUAUCCUACCUGACUUCCCGGAGACUUGGAAGGGACUCCAGCCAGAGAUGAAGCGCGUAGCCCUCAGACGUCUUGCCAUCGAUGCCGCCGAAGCUGAUGUUGACGAAGCUGGCGGUAUGAGCCAAAUCAAGGGCAUGAAGCUUGCCUUCACCGAUCCUAAGACCUACAUUCUCGCUCUUGCAUACAUGGGGAUAACCGGCUCGGCUGGCUUCCAGAACUUUUUCCCGACUCUCACCGGAACCUUGGGCUACGGUCGCGUUAUCUCCCUCCUCCUUGUCGCUCCUCCCUACGUUUUCAUGGUCUUUUAUUCAUAUGGCCACUGCUACCUCUCCGAUCACUUAGGCAAUCGCUUCUGGUUCCUCACAUACCCUGUCUUUGUUUCUAUUGUCGGGUUUCUGGUCUUCAUGUUUACUGACGACUUCGGACCGCGGUACUUCUCCUUCUUCCUGAUGAACUUUGUCUUUGCUCAAAACGGCACAAUCUAUGCCUGGAUCUCCAACGCCAUCCCGCGGCCUCCUGCCAAGCGUGCUGCGGCGCUUGCUUUCAUAAACUCCAUCGGCAACUCCGCGUCAAUCUGGACGCCCUUCACAUACUUUCCCAGCUCGAAGCCGCAUUAUCGACCCGCGCUAGGCGUGUGCAUUGGACUGCAGGUGUUGAGUCUGGCGUGUUUUGUCGGCAUGAGGUUCUAUCUUCAGGCGCAGAACAGGCAGAUGGCAAAAAUGGAGAAUGAGAACACCGAAUUGACGGAGAAGGACAUGAAGAAGUUGAGGGAGACGGCCGAGUUAGAAGGUGUGGAUGUUGCGGCUGCAAGGGUUCUGCAGAAGGGCUAUCGAUAUAUGAUCUAG